AUGGCAGAGGAGGAAGGCACCGGAGAGCUCCCCUUCUCCCUCCGCCCCUUCAAAAUCGAGGACGCCGACGACGUCAUGGCGUGGAAGGGAGACCCUCGCGUGGCGGCAUUCUGCCGGUGGGACGCUUACACCUCCCGCGACGAGGCGGUUGCCUUCAUCCAGGACUUCGCCAUCCCCCACGAGUGGUGCCGCGCCAUCUGCGUCGCCGGCCGGCCGGUCGGAUGCAUCUCCGUCACGAUCGGUAAGGAUCAUGCCCGGUGCCGUGGGCUGCUCAAGUACGAGCUCGCCCACAGCUGCUGGGGGAAGGGCGUGGCCACCUCCGCCGUGAGGCUGGCUGUUCCGGCCGUCUUUCGGGAAUUUCCGGGUCUGGAGCGCGUCGAGGCGACGGUCGUCCCGGAAAAUAAGCCAUCGAUCAGGGUAUUGGAGAAAUGUGGAUUUCUCAGGGAGGGGAUCCUCAGAAGGUACGUGGUUGGAAAAGGCAGGCUCUUAGAUUUGGUCAUGUUUAGUGUUCUUUCUGAAGAAAUUCAACCAUGA